UGUUGCGUUUGCGGUGACAUUAAGCCACGCACCUUUAAAUUGUGUAAUUUAUAAUUGCGGUCCAGUCGCCGAAAAGUUUUCAAAGGUUACAUUCAAUAAAUAUUUCAAUUUUAUAUCGAAACAGAUUGAAAUAUUUCGUUGUUUUAUCCCUUGAAAAUAUGGCCAACGCAUCGGACGGCGGUGUCACCGUGAAAACGGAAAAACCGGAAGAAUGUCCGUACAGCGGCGAACGCUCGUCGCAAAGUAUGCACGCCCAGAGUCAGAACGAAGACAUACGCAAGUUUCACGUGCUGGACGAGCUCAACGAGGACGACCAGUCGUCGCACUACUCCUCCGACUCGGACGUGCCGGACGAUGAGGUCGAACGGAUGCUGGAGGAGGCGUUCCAGAGGAAGAAACGGAAGGCGGACGAUGCGGGACUGGAUGAUCCUCAGCCUUACGAAGAAAGAGAUAAGGUGGUGCUCAUCGAGAAGGGGAAGAACCACUUUGAAAUGUUGCCUGAGGGUUGGAUACAGGCCACCCAUAACAGCGGUAUGCCUCUGUACUUGCACAAACAGACCAGGGUUUGUACAUUGAGCAAACCGUAUUUUUUGGGGCCUGGGUCUGUCAGGAAACACGAAGUACCCUUAAGCUCCAUUCCUUGUUUAAACUAUCGUAAAGCGUUGGAAAAAGAGGAACGCCAAGAGGAGGAACCUCCGAAAGACAAACCGGAAACGAACAAUCAAGACAUACCGAACGCCCGCAUAGAAACGGUGCAGGAAAACAUCGAAAAACACAACCUGAAACCGGAACAGAUACGCGAGUACUGCGAGAAACUGUUCAAAUUUAAAACGAUACAGGUGGUACGGUUCAAAUCGUGGUCUGAUCGCAGGGAGUUUUCGAAAAAGAAGAAGAACGCCAAACAGUGGGAAAGACCGACGCUUCCUGACGGUACCAAACUGAUAACGUUCCCGAUCAAAGAGGGAACGGGCGAGUGCCCCAACAUGCGUAAGGAGUGGAUAAUGAACCCGAACGGCAAGUCGUACGUGUGCAUAUUACACGAGUAUGUGCAGCACGCGUUAAAGAAGCAGCCCACCUACAAAUUCACCGAGCUAGAGAACGCCGCCACGCCCUACCAGGCGACGGUGUCGAUCAAAGACAUGCAGUACGGCGUGGGCUUCGGCACCAGCAAGAAACAGGCGAAGUCGGAGGCGGCACGCGCCACCCUCGAGAUCCUGAUACCGCAGAUGAAGAGCAAGAUCGAGGCGGACAGCAAGAUGGGGGCGGUGGCGAAGCGCGACCAAGAGCAAGAUCUAUCCUUCUUUGACGAGAUCCGCGUGGAGGAUCCUCGCGUCGCCGAGUUCUGUGCCAAGACGACGGAGCCCAGUCCGCACGACAUACUGCUGACGUGUCUACAGAGGAACUUCGGACUGGCCGACUUGAAGAUCAACUAUCAGGGCAACACGCUGAAGCACCAGGGGAACGAGUUCACGAUGACCGUGGGCAAGCACACCGCCACCGUUGUGUGCAAGAACAAACGAGAGGGGAAACAGCGGGCUUCACAAGCAAUUCUACAAUUGUUGCACCCACACAUCACCUCUUGGGGGUCGUUGCUCAGGCUCUACGGCAACAGGUCGGUGAAGAGUUUCAAGGAGAAGAAAAUAGAGGAGCAGGAAAUCACGUUGUUGCAAAGUAGGGCGGCAGUUAACUCCCCCAAUUUCGCCAUUUUGGACAAGCUGAAGCUGGAGCUGUCGAAGGUGUCGGAAAAGAGGAACGCCCGACAACCCAUCGGUGUUUUUAUGCCCACCGAAGCUGACAGCGUCCCAAAAUUGUCAUCGUCCAAUUUGAAAAACGUUGAUCUGUAAUUUAUAGGCACCCCUAUAAUGAUUUUAAACCUAUAAUUUGUUAUUGUCAACUUUUUUUGUUAGUAAUUAUUAACUUUGUCUAGCACUACAGAUACUAUGUCUUUCAGUUAUAGGCACACCUAUAACAAAUUGUUUCAAUUACUUAAUUAUUAUGAACUUCUUAUGCCACUAAAUAUUAAAUUUGUCCUUUACUUUUUAUUUUACACUCCAUUUGGCUUGUACUAAGUCUUUGAGUACGCUAGUAAUUAAUUGAUUUUAUUAAUUUAUUAUUAUGAACUAUUAUGAUACUAAAUAUAAAUUUUGUCUUUUGUCAGUCAGAUAGUCCUAAAUCUUUCAGUUGUAAAUGUAAAUUUACAGUUAUAGGCACACCUAUAAUAGCAUUUAUAAUAGCUUGAUUAGUUUAAUUUAUCAUUUAUGUUACUAUUAAUUUUGUCCUUUGUAUUAAUUCCACUGUGUAGUUAGAUGGUACCAAGUCCAUUGUCGUAAACGUGGAUUUUUAAUAUAAUUUAUAGGCACACCUAUAAUAAUUUGAUUGUAGUAAUAUAUUAUUAUGUACUCAUAUUACUAACUAUUAAUUUUGUCCUUUAUUUCAAUUCUCCAAUCCACUUAAAUGGUACCAAUUCUUUCAGUUGUCAGUGCGUAAAUUUGUAUUUUAAUUUAUAGGCACACCUAUAAUAUAUCAAUUCGAUUAAUUUAUUAUUAUGAAUUGUUUAUGUAAUUAAAUAUUAAUUUGUG